AUAUAAAACACAAUAUCUGUCUAAUUACGUGAUAACGGCAACGAGUUUUAUAAUUUGAUGGUCUUGGCAACUCCAAACGUUUGUAAAUUUCAAAAAUCAAUACUGUCUAAAUGACAUAUGUUAAUUUGUUUUUUACUUUUAAAGUUUAUCAAGAUUCUCGACCAAUUUGCCUUAAUUAAAUGCCUGAAUAAUUACAAUGCUCAGAAAAUUUUCUUCGACCAUAUUUCAUUUUACAUGCAGAAGACUUCACAACUCAGCCCCGUGCUAUAAACUUACAGAUACUAAAGAAAAUGACGGUGUCAGAGAAAUAAUUUUAAAUGAUCAAAAAACAAGGAAUUCCUUAUCAAUGCCCAUGAUGACGGAAAUUUUAGAGGAAGUUAAUAACAAUAUAAACGAUGAAAAUCUUCGUAUAAUUAUACUAUCAUCUUCUCUAGAAAAAAUUUUUUCCGCCGGCCAUAAUUUAAAAGAACUUGAAGCUGUAGAUUCGCAAAAACGUAAAGAAAUUUUUUCAAAGUUAACUGAAAUUAUAUUUGCAAUACGAGCAGCACCAGUUCCAAUUAUUGCUAAAGUCAAUGGAUUGGCCGCCGCUGCAGGUUGUCAGUUGGUAACUUCAUGUGAUUUAUUAGUUGCAAGCACGGCAGCGUCAUUCUCUUUACCAGGAGCUGACGUUGGAAUAUUCUGUUCUACACCUGGUGUGGCUGUGAGUAGAGCUGUGAGUCGUAUGAAAUCUUCACAUAUGCUUUUUACAGGAUUACCAAUCAAUGCUAACGAAGCGAAUAUUGCAGGAAUGGUAAGUUGCGUUGUUCCGCCUGAGAAGUUAGAUCAAGAAAUCGAUAGAAUAUGUAUAUCAAUUAAGAGAAAAAGUAGAGCUGUGGUAGAAUUAGGAAAAAACUUUUAUUACAAACAAUUAAAUAUGAAUAUUUCUGAUGCAUUCAGAGCUGCAGAAGAUGUCAUGGUUAAAAACUUGUCAACAAAAGAUGGACAAGAAGGAAUCAGAAGUUUUAUUGAAAAGCGAAAGCCGCAAUGGACAAAUUCUUAGAUAAUAAU